CAAAGAUAUUUAAACAAAUUUAACGUCUAUUUUUAAAAAUUCAAAGCCAUCAUUACAUGCGUAUAAAAUAAGUGUUAUUCUAGUUCAAAACUCGACACAACUACAUUGAUUACAUUUGUUUCAUAUGCAAGUUUUGGUGAUUUAUUGCCCGAUGCUAAUUAACAUGGAAUACAAUAGCAUCUACAUAUAAAAAUGAAGUAGUAGUUCUGACAGUGACAGUGCAUGUUGUUUAUCAAACGAUUAAAGGCGAGAUGGAUUUUCGUGGCUCGUAUAAUAUCGACAAACAUAUGGAUGAAGGUUUGUUCGAAAAAUUAUUCUCACACACAAAAGCCAACAACGAAAAUCUUCGCAAAUGGGAAUCGGAUAUGCCAUGACAUUACACAUAUCGAUCACCGGAUAUUCAAAAUGAGAUAAUUGCGCUUUUGGCUUUGAUGGUACGCGAGGCAGUGGCUAAAGACGUGAUGGAAUCAGACGUACCAUAUUUCACAUUGCUAGAGGAUGGGACAAAGGAUAAACAGAACAAUGGAUGUGUUUCGAUUGCUGCAAGAUAUGUGCGAAAAGGCCAAGUUCAAUAAAGCAUCAUUACGAUGGAAACAUUCGCUGAAUUGAAUGCUCUGUAUUUCACUAAACAGACAUUGAAAAUACUUGAAGAUAAUGAAAUACGUAAUGAACGAAUGUUGUGUCAAUGCUAUGACGGUGCAGCUGUGAUGAACGGGGAAAAUGGUGGUGUGCAAAGAUUGAUUCAAGACGAAUUGAAACGAAAAAUACCGUAUUUUCACUGUCUGAACCAUCAAUUUCAUUUGGUUAUAAUUAAGGCCAUUGAAAGUGUUCAACUAGUGAAACAGUUUUUUGACCAGGCAAAACUCAUUGCAAAAUUUUUCCGUCGCCACAAAGUAAAACAACAUUACGAAGGCCAUUCCAUUUUGAAAUUAAUUGAAACUCGCUGGGUUGGCCAUUUACGUGCUUCAAAAUCCAUAUAUGAAAGUUAUGUACAUAUUAUGAAUACUUUGCCUCAGAUAACCGGUGCAGCAGGAUUCGAUGGUGAUGACGUUGCAUUAGCAGCCGGAUUGUAUAACGUAAUGGCCCCAUUAGAAUUUGUAUUCGUAUUGAUUUUCAUGAAGGAUUUAUUACAAACGAUUGAACCAGUAACAAAACAAUUGCAAGGCCGAGAGAUAGGAUACAAAGAUUCGAUGGUACUCAUUAGAGUCGUUUACACAACGAUUGAAAAAAUGAGAACAGAAGAUAAUUUCGGAAAAUACAACUCUCAAGCAACAAAUCUUUUGCGGAAAUUGGGGCUUACAGAAUCGGCUCUCGCUGCAAGUCGCCCAAUUCGAAAUCGACGCCAAUCAACAAUGCUAAAGGAUUCUGUUGUCGAAGAAACACUGGGACAUUGUGUUAAAAGACGACCGACAUUGUGUUAAAAGAAAUGACAGAUCGUUUCGAAAAAAACGAUGCCAUUCUCACAGCUAUCGAUACAGCAGAUGAGAUGGAUUUGGAAAAGCUGCAGCCUUUGAUCGAGUUGGGGAUUGAAUUGCCAAAUGAAAUUGAGCUAAAAAUUGCCAAAGAGUACAUGGACGGAAUUCGUGCAAAGAAUGAGAAAUUCAACGAUUUGAAAAGACAGGAAGAUAAAAAAAUCAAGACCGAAGUACUGGCAGAGCUAUAUAAGGUGCGCAAAGGAAUGGAAAACAUGUACAACCUUUUUGCAGCAAUCGAAACUUUCCCAUCUGGAACGGCAGUAUGCGAGUCAUCAUUUUCGGCCUUGACACGAAUCAUGCGUCCUCAACGUAUUAGCAUGUUGACUGAUAGAUUAAAUAAUUUAUCGUUUCUGGCAU